CGGCAGCGGCGGCUGGAGCCUCUGAUUGGGUUUCGGGGUCCGGUACUGGAGCCAAUCAGCGCGGGCAGCGAACCGGGGGAGCGAAGCACGGGGUGCGUCUCGCAAUCUUCUCGGAUCUCCGGGGUGAAACUCACUGUGGACAGGAUUCCACCUUGGAGGGACCAUGGAGCAGUAUACAGCAAACAGCAAUAGUUCGACAGAGCAGAUUGUUGUACAGGCUGGACAGAUUCAGCAGCAGCAGCAGGGUGGUGUCACUGCUGUCCAGUUGCAGACUGAGGCCCAGGUGGCAUCCGCCUCAGGCCAGCAAGUCCAGACCCUCCAGGUAGUCCAGGGGCAGCCAUUAAUGGUACAGGUCAGUGGAGGCCAGUUAAUCACAUCAACUGGCCAGCCCAUCAUGGUUCAGGCUGUCCCUGGUGGACAAGGUCAAACAAUCAUGCAAGUACCUGUAUCUGGGACACAGGGUUUGCAGCAGAUACAGUUGGUCCCACCUGGACAGAUCCAGAUCCAGGGUGGGCAGGCUGUGCAGGUGCAGGGCCAGCAGGGCCAGACCCAGCAGAUCAUCAUCCAGCAGCCCCAGACAGCCGUCACCGCUGGCCAGACCCAGACGCAGCAGCAGAUUGCUGUUCAGGGGCAGCAAGUGGCACAGACUGCUGAAGGGCAGACCAUUGUCUAUCAGCCAGUUAAUGCAGAUGGGACCAUUCUCCAGCAAGUUACAGUCCCUGUUUCAGGCAUGAUCACCAUCCCAGCAGCCAGUUUGGCAGGAGCACAGAUUGUUCAGACAGGAGCCAACACCAACACAACCAGCAGUGGGCAAGGGACUGUCACUGUGACACUGCCAGUGGCAGGCAAUGUGGUCAAUUCAGGAGGGAUGGUCAUGAUGGUGCCUGGUGCUGGCUCUGUGCCAGCUAUCCAAAGAAUCCCUCUACCUGGGGCAGAGAUGCUUGAAGAAGAGCCUCUCUAUGUGAAUGCCAAGCAGUAUCACCGUAUACUUAAGAGGAGACAAGCCCGGGCUAAACUAGAGGCAGAAGGGAAAAUUCCAAAGGAAAGAAGGAAAUACCUGCAUGAGUCUCGGCACCGUCAUGCCAUGGCACGGAAGCGUGGUGAAGGUGGGCGAUUUUUCUCUCCAAAGGAAAAGGACAGUCCCCAUAUGCAGGAUCCAAACCAAGCAGAUGAAGAAGCAAUGACACAGAUCAUCCGAGUGUCCUAACCCCAGGCCAUGUGAUGGAGCUGAUCAAGAUCAUGUUCCUCACCACUGUUUCCCACUGUUCCAGGAAAUUGAUCAACUCUUCCCAUGGGACACUGACGAUCACAUUCUGCCCUUUUCUACAGGACAGAAACCACUUAAGUUUUUAAUAAGUGGCUCAGUAUUAUAAUUGCAGCAGUGUCUGGCAAAUUGAAGUUGCAAGCCUUUGUCUCAUCCUUUCAGUCAGGACCUAUUUCAGACUGUUGAUGACAGUGACAUUUCAUGGAUUAGGAUGAUGCAAGGGAACCAUGCCAGCCCAGCAGUACCACACAUAGCACUUAUGUUGACUGGUGAAGCCAGCCAGCCAUCUCAGCAGGAGAGAACAACCUGCUCAACCUAAACUGCAAUCAGGGAAGCCACAGCCCACUUCUUCCCAUGGAAUCUAAACAGCAUCCAGCCCUCUGAUAGGAGAUCUCAGGCUGACUAACUGAAUGGACGCUUUGUAUUCAGUGACAGCUUCCAGGCAAGGAAGUUCCAUCUCACGAU